GACGUACAUGAAAUAAUGCGGCACGGUGGUCAGGUACAUCUUCUAUAUCAGUGCUUCUCAAGCUGGGGACAAGAGUCAAAAAUUAUCGUCGUGCCACAUUCCCACAACGAUCCGGGAUGGCUGAGAACUUUCGAGGGCUACUAUCACUUGCAAACCAGUAAAGUACUGAAUUAUAUGGUUGAAAAAAUGACAGUAUACAAAAACAUGACGUUCAUUUGGUCCGAGAUUUCGUUUUUCGCACUGUGGUGGGAAAGCGCUCACCCGACCAAAAGGAAAGCGGUUCAGAGACUGCUGGCGGAAGGACGACUGGAGAUCACUACCGGCGGAUGGGUAAUGACGGACGAGGCAACGUCGCACAUAUACGGCAUGUUAGAUCAGUUGAUCGAAGGUAACAACA